CAUCCAAGGACUGGAAAAAGAGAAUCGCGGAGUUUGACUGGUGUCUACAGGAAAAUUGUUAGGAAGACUAAAAUAAUCCAAACAGCGCUCGAGCCGCUAAGGUCUGAUCAGCAGGUUACCAUGGCGUCCGGUAGCACGAGCAGUGAGGAGGAGAGGAGCCUGCGGGAGUGUGAGCUCUAUGUGCAGAAGCACAAUAUCCAGCAGCUGCUGAAGGACUGCAUCGUGCAGCUGUGCACUUCGCGACCUGACCGACCCAUGGCCUUCCUGCGCGAGUACUUUGAAAGGCUUGAGAAGGAGGAGGCCAAACAGAUCCUUAACCAGCAGAAGUCAAGCUCUCGCUCAGACUCCCGGGAAGAAGAGGUCUCCCCUCCCAUGAACCCUGUGGUGAAGGGGAGACGGCGACGGGGGGCUAUCAGUGCAGAGGUUUACACUGAAGAAGACGCUGCCUCCUACGUUAGAAAGGUUAUUCCUAAAGACUACAAAACAAUGGCUGCCCUGGCUAAAGCAAUUGAAAAGAAUGUGCUGUUUUCACAUCUUGAUGACAAUGAGAGAAGUGAUAUCUUCGAUGCUAUGUUCCCUGUAACUUAUAUUGCGGGAGAGACUGUUAUUCUGCAAGGUGAUGAGGGUGAUAACUUCUAUGUUAUUGACCAAGGUGAAAUGGAUGUCUAUGUGAACAAUGAGUGGGUGACCAGUAUUGGAGAGGGAGGAAGCUUCGGAGAGCUGGCGUUGAUCUAUGGCACCCCAAGAGCAGCAACUGUGAGAGCAAAGACCAAUGUGAAGCUCUGGGGUAUCGACAGAGACAGCUACAGGAGAAUACUGAUGGGAAGCACUUUAAGAAAGAGGAAGAUGUAUGAAGAAUUUCUUAGCAAAGUAUCCAUUUUAGAGUCCCUGGACAAAUGGGAACGUUUGACUGUGGCCGAUGCCUUGGAACCUGUGCAGUUUGAGGAUGGUCAAAAAAUUGUGGUCCAGGGAGAGCCGGGAGAUGAAUUUUUCAUCAUCCUUGAGGGCUGUGCAGCUGUGUUACAGCGCAGGUCAGAGAAUGAGGAAUUUGUGGAAGUUGGACGAUUGGGGCCCUCAGAUUAUUUUGGUGAAAUAGCCCUGUUAAUGAACCGCCCUCGUGCUGCCACCGUGGUGGCUCGCGGCCCUUUGAAGUGCGUCAAGCUGGACCGGCCUCGGUUCGAGCGUGUCCUGGGCCCUUGUUCAGAUAUUCUGAAGCGCAACAUACAACAGUAUAACAGCUUUGUGUCACUUUCUGUCUGAAAGAUAUACCAGCUCAUUUCCCUUCACGCAGGGUCCACCAAUACAAUCGGCUUCACGUUACCAUUUGUGGGUUUUUUUGCUUUUUCUUUUGUUCUUUUUUUUAAAUGUCCAUGUUUUUCGAUACCCAGCUAUCCACCAGCAUAACUGCUUUGUCUGUCUGUUUCUCUGUGUGCCCAGUGCAAGGUUUGAUGCCUAGUACAUAUGUCUGCUCCAUAUGCUUUAUAUGUGACAGAAUGAAUAGUUGUCUUUAUGGAAAAGAACAAUGCGAUGUUUCAGAAAAAGCUGCAUCGCAUUCUCAUAUUUGAAGGGUUCUUAUUACUGUAUGAAGCUAUACUAGAACUAUUAGGAAUAGGAGAAAAGCAAAUAUUUUACAGAUUUUGUUCAGUGUGUCUAGGCUAAAAAAAAAAAACCUUAAAAAUUAAAUUUGUAUUGCUGUUGAGUAUUUUGAAAUUUGGCAUAUGUUUAAAGUCAGCUGCUAUAGUUUGUUUUGAAUUAGUUCAUUUCAGGGGUACUAGAAGUUAAAUGCGCUAUUUUGACCAUGGCAACCUGUUUUGAUCCCCCCCCCCCCCCCCCCUUCCUUAU